AUGAAAGUAAAUCCUCGUCUGACGGGCUGCCAUGGAAUGAAUGAGAUUCUUAUUCGGCAGUCGAGCGGUGAUUCGGAGGAAUCGCCGUUCGACUCACUUGCAGCAGAGCAACUGGUGCGCACUUCCAUACGCAAGCGAACUGCGCGGUGCAACACCUUGGUUCCACGAGCACCCACGAGCGGCGCUGAAUGUGCCGGCUGCCACGCGAUCCGAGUGUCCUAUUACAAUCCGACAUUUGCUCAGGGUUGGGAUGACGUCAGCUUUCACGGGUCUUCGCAAAUCCCCACGUCCAACUUGGACGCCCUGGCGGCAGAUGGCGUCAUACUCAACGCCCUGUACGCCAUGCCUGCCUGCACGCCUUCGAGAUCGGCGCUCAUGUCCGGUCGCUACCCGAUACGCACAGGCACUCAAGGCGUACCCCUCGAGGUAGGGCAGCCUUGGGGCCUGCCCCAGGAUGUGCCGAUUUUGCCCGAGCACCUCCGAAAACUCGGCUACGAAACUCACCUGGUUGGCAAGUGGCAUCUCGGCGCCCACAAGACAAGCCUCACUCCCACUUAUCGUGGUUUCGACAGUUUCUACGGGUUCCACUAUGGCGAGGAAGACUACUACACCCACUGCCAGACCUACCUAAACUACACCGGCCUUGACUUUUGGUUCGGGACGGAGCCACGUUGGUCUGAUCAAGGAAAGUACGCGACAACGCUAUACACAGAGAGGGCAAAGUACCUCAUUCGCAACAAGAAAAAGCUUGCUAGUGCGAUGGGCCGGUAUGAUGCCAAAUCCAGCGGAGACUUUCCGGGCUUCAACAAAGGCACCAGUCGGCUGCACUUCCACUCGUCGGGGACUUCGCCAUCAUGCCAAGAUUGA